AGUUCAGUGCCCACUUUCUAUCUCAUCACUUCAAAGAGAAACAAAACCUUGCCUUUGAGUUAUUCUAUGGCUAGCUCUCUAAGAACAUGGUAUCAACAACUGUCGACAUCCUUAGUCCUUACCACCUUGUUUUAUGCAACUAUCAUCUCUUGUUCAAAACCUGACAACCUUAAUUACAGUGAUCACUGUGCCUCGUUUGUCCCUGAAUCAACCCCUAUUGAUCCUGAAGCCAUCACUGUCCCUUUUUCUCCAAACCAGGAUGGCUACUAUCUUGGUGGGGAUGACAUAUUGAAACAUGCAGAUUCUUCUCGCCACUAUUACUCCUCAAAUCCCAGGAAAGUUUUGUUGUUCCGUACCCAUGAUGUCCAUAGUACUAGUGUUGAUGGUCUCUACAAGGUCAAGGCGAGUUUGAUCCUCCAACCAUCACGCGUCACAUACGGUUACCCGGAUUCUCCCCAGGUCGUUUCUCUUUGGUCUCAGACGGGUGCUUUAAGUUUUGAGAUAGAAGGAUUCUGGUCAAUAUCUACUGGGAAGCUUUGCAUGGUUGGCUCAAGUUCUACUUACUCAGAAGAAGGUGAAAUUCGUGGUCUUUCUGCUCUUCUCAAGCUUAAUGAUGUUAAAAGUUCGAGCAAUAUUACAAGUUUGGUUCAGGGAACAUUGGAGAGCUUGAGUUCUGCUGAUGACUCGAGUUUUUUUGAGCCAAUAUCUUUGUUGAUGUUUCCUCUAAAGAAUUAUGCCUACACUGAGGCUGGUAAAGAAAUUGAUAAGGGAUUUACUUAUGGGGCUGAUGUUACAAAGAGUUCGCUCAGCUUACCGUUGAGUGUUUCUAUUUGUUCAAUAUUCUCACACCAGACCAGUUCAUUUCUGCUGGAGUAUGCAACUGCUUGCAAUUCUACAAAGAGUUGCAAUCCUUUUAGCAGCAAUAUCGAAUAUUUGCCUCCAGUCAUGUCCUUGACGCCGAUCCAAUGUUCAAAUGAUUGGCCAACUCUAAGAUUUCUGGUCGAGUUUCUUAACAGUAGCUACUCAAGUUAUUACCGCCCCUUCAAUCCGAACACAGCACUAGUCGCAGAAGGAUCAUGGAAUGCAAAGAAGAAAAAAUUAUGUGUUGUUGCUUGUCGAAUCUCAACUCCAACAAAUUCUUUAAGCGGUUCUCAAGUUGAGGAUUGUUCAAUUAGGUUGAGUUUGAGAUUCCCUUCUGUUUGGUCAAUCAGAAAUGCUAGUAGCAUUGCAGGACAUAUUUCAAGCAAUAAGGCUGUGGGGGUUUCAGGUUACUUUGAUGGGAUUCAAUUUCGCAGUUAUGGAAGUGAUAGAAUUGAGAUUCCAGGGUUGAAGUAUGAGUAUUCACUGGUGGACAAAGCAAGAAAGUCAUACAAGGAGGAGCCCGGUAGAAGUGAAGGAAGGCAGUAUUCAGACGGGAAUUCAGAUGACAUGCAAUUUGAAAUGUCAAUCAAGAAUUCCAGAGGAAAAAGAUUUGGAUGGGGCCAUGCGAAUCCUAUCUCUAUUGGUGAUAAAAUUGCUCCAAGGAACCAAUAUUUCAGGCCAUAUUCAAGUCCAGGAACAGAAAAGGCAAAGGAUAAAGCAAAGCCACUCCAGCCACUGAACAUCAGUUACCAAAUGAGCUUGACAUCAUUCAAUGCUUCUUCAAAGGAGCAUACGUAUGUCCAAAUUUCUGCUGAAGGGAUUUACGAUGGUGAAACGGGAGUUCUAUCUAUGGUGGGCUGCAAAUAUCUUGACUCAAACAACCAGAUAUUAGCAAAUGAUUCGAUGGACUGUGAGAUUCUUGUCAACGUCCAGUUGCCUCCAUUUGAUUCAAACCAAUAUAUCAAGGGACGCAUUGAAAGCACACGAGAAAGUUCAUCUCCUCUAUACUUUGAACCUCUUUCCUUUUCUGCAGUUCCUUAUUACAGUCGCAUAAACUCGAUACGAAGGAUGGAUUUAGAGAUUAUCAUGGCUUUGAUUUCUAAUACCCUUAUAUGUGUCUUUGUGGGAUAUCAAAUCUUCUAUGUGAAGAAACACCCUAAUGUAUUCCCUUUUAUCUCACUUCUCAUGCUUGUAGUACUUACAGUAGGGCGCAUGAUCCCUCUAGUGCUCAACUUUGAAGCUCUGUUCUUGCCAAAGCAAAGUACUCAAUCUUUCCUGCUCAGAGGUGGUGGAUGGGUUGAAGUGAAUGAGGUGAUCGUAAAGGUGGUAACAAUGGUAGCUUUUAUGCUGCAAUUCCGGUUUCUGCAACUCGUAUGGUCUGCACGAUUGGCUGAUGGAAACCAAAAGGCCUCAUGGGUUGCUGAGAAGAAGGCACUCUAUGUAUCUUUGCCAUUAUAUAUAGCUGGGGGCCUAAUUGCCUUGUUCAUGAAUUGUUGGAAUUGCAAACUAGGCAAGGAGAUGGAUUCUCCAAGCUUUUACAGAAACCAGCAUUCCCUUUGGCCGAACAUAAGGUCUUAUGCUGGCUUGGUACUGGAUGGUUUCCUUUUCCCUCAAAUCCUCCUAAACAUUUUCCGCAACUCAAGAGAAAAUGCUCUCUCUUGUUUCUUCUACAUAGGGACUACAUUUGUGCGCUUGCUACCACAUGCAUAUGAUCUUUACAAGGCACACUUUUAUGUCGAUGAUUUCGACUGGUCUUACAUAUAUGCAGAUCCAUCUGCAGAUUAUUACUCCGCAGCUUGGGAUAUGAUCAUUCCUUUAGGGGGUCUGCUGUUUGCUGCAAUCAUAUAUCUGCAGCAGAAAAAGGGCGGCCGUUGUUUCUUGCCAAAGCGUUUCAAGGAGCUGGAAGGAUUUGAGAAGGUGCCUGUGGUUGACAAUCCAUAACAAGUAUUGGAAUGGAAUCUCUCACUUCUGGCUUCAUCACUAUCUCUUUUCCUUCUUUUGCUGUGUGUUUCCUUUUUCUAGGUCAUGUUUAUAGUACCUUUAGGCCAACUUCUGCAAUUAGACUAGAAUAACUCUCUGCUUGGGAUAGUGAUUUUCUACGUAUAUUGUCCUAGCAUAAGAAUUGUGACUUUAUUAGCAUGUUAAUUUGUAUAUAUUUAUAUGUAUGUUUAUAUGUUUGUCCUAGCAUAAGAUAAUGGUGACUUUGCCAUGUUAAUUGUGACUUUAGCCAUGUUUGUAUGUAUCAUACGAUAUUGUUGAUUUUUGUGUUU